CGAUUUAAGGUUAUGUCACAUGUUCAAUAAAGGUGCGGGACUUUAUUUUAGUAGAUAAAAUAUUUACCUGGUGUUGCUGUUACGACCGAUUUGCGAAACAGGAAGUUGAAAGAUCUUUGUGAGAAACACCAGGUACAAAUCCACAAAAAACGAUGGAGAAGACAGCGCAACAGGGAGCCCCGCAACAGGGAUACCCACAACAGGGAUACCCACAACCGCAACAGGGAUACCCACAGCCACAACAGGGAUAUGGCUCUCCUCCCCAGCAGGGUUAUCCCCCACAGGGGGCGCCCCCUCCCUACACCCAACCACCCCAACCGGCGACUCAAUAUGCGGGUUCAUCAACAACAGCAGUAGUGGUGAACGCUGGACCACAAACAGUGAUCGGCGCCGGCAUUCUUCGGGAAGCCUCGGCCAGAUGUUACUGUCCCCAUUGUCAUGCGGAUAUUAUGACGUCAACAACAUACACCGCUGGUAACUUGGUGUGGAUCUCCUUCAUCCUUAUGUUCUUUUUCGGAUUCUGGCUGUGCUGCUUCAUCCCGUUCUGUGUCGAUGGUUGCAAGGAUGUGGUCCACAACUGUCCAAACUGCGGUGCCGUAGUAGGCCGUUAUAGUCGGAUGUAGAGCCGGAUGGUCGACCGGAAGUGGGGAAGGGUACAUGGCGCGCUCAGGCGGUGUUGACUACAAGACAUACUGAAAGAAUCUUGAUUGCAAACAAAAUACACACAGUUUUAAAGUUAUUAUUUAUGUAAUUUCUGCGACUAACUUAGUUAUUGAUGGUGUUAGACAGCGUCCGUUUAUACUGAUCUACAGAAUCAGUGCAGAAUAAGAAUUUCCUGAGACUUUGCACCAUUUCUAUGAUUUGUAUCUACGUUGCAAGGCGUAAUUAUUCGCAAUGUUAUUCUGACGCUUUUUUAUAUCACGGCACUAAUUUCGAUUAUGUCUAAGUUAAAAUAACAUUAUCUUCAGUGAUCAUACUUCAAAUUUGCCAUAUUUAUUUUUGUUAUAUUGUGAUUACAAUUGAAAUAUAAAUUACAUUUGAUUUACCA